CCUGGAUGUGCACAUGCGCACUCAAUACGCAGCCAACACGCAAGCGCGCGCUUUCGGGCGGAAGCGGUGGUCGCUGCUACACGUGGGAUCCGGAGUCAUGGAGGGUGUGAUGCGGUCUGACGCCAAGAUUUGCGGUGAGUCUGGAACAGAAUCCAGCCCUCGGGGCCUCGGCUGCAGCCUCCGGCACUUUGCUUGCGAACAGAACCUACUGUCCCGGCCGGAUGGUUCUGCUUCUUUCCUGCAAGGGGACACCUCCGUCCUGGCAGGCGUGUACGGGCCGGCUGAGGUGAAGGUCAGCAAAGAGAUCUUCAACAAGGCCACGCUGGAAGUGAUCCUGAGGCCGAAGAUCGGGCUGCCUGGCGUAGCGGAGAAGAGCCGGGAGCGGCUGAUUAGGAACACGUGUGAAGCGGUGGUGCUGGGGACGCUGCACCCCCGCACCUCCAUCACCGUGGUACUGCAGGUCAUCAGCGAUGCUGGCUCUCUCCUGGCCUGUUGCCUGAAUGCCGCCUGCAUGGCAUUGGUAGACGGAGGUGUGCCCAUGCGGGCCCUUUUCUGUGGGGUCACCUGUGCCCUGGACUCUGAUGGGACCCUCAUGCUGGACCCCACGGCCAAGCAGGAAAAGGAGGCCCGAGCAGUCCUGACCUUUGCGCUUGACAGCGUGGAACGGAAGCUGCUGAUGUCCACCACCAAGGGGCUCUACUCCGAUGCUGAGCUCCAGCAGUGCCUGGCUGCAGCCCAGGCCGCCUCGCAACAUGUCUUCCGCUUCUACCGGGAAUCGCUACAGAGGCGUUACUCCAAGAGCUGAGGCAAGCUGGGGCAGGGUGCCCUCCUGCUGCCACCACCCACUCCCUCCAGCGCAAAAUAAACCAGUGACCCAG